UUCACUCUAUCGGCGUGUGUUUGUAGGGACGGGUAGUUGGAGUAGGAGUUGCCGGGCGGCUGUGCAGCUCAAACGCUAUUUGGGAAAGAAACGCCAAUGAAAAAUUGCACCACGGACUGAAGAACCGACCCCCGGUGACGACUUCUGUGAAAUUAUUCAACGCAACGACUGCGCCACACGCACAAUCAACAAACGCAACCAGGCUAUCAAAUGCUAGCCAGCUAGCAUCCCUGAAAACUGACGGGAUCAAGGUGUUGAUAGCUAGCCUCCCAGCUAAUUAUCCAUCAGCUAGCAUCCUCCUGCCGUAGCAUCAUUAGCCUUCUUCUCCUCCUCGCGUACGUCGAGACUUCCCCAUCGCUCGUGGCGGUGCCUUUCAGGUCCCGAGCACCAAAUCCCACUUCCAGACAAGCCCAGACCCCGGAGCCCUCUACCCCGCUGCUGCUGGAGACAGCGUCUGCGUUGCAUUAGUUGGCACCAUCACACCCAUCUCCCCAACCCUUCACCUCUGCCCCUCUCCCACCACCCGAAACACUGGAAAUCCACAAGCGGCCGGAGAGCGGCGAAGGGCCGGCCAAGCUGGGGGUCGUAACGUUACCGGACUCGCCGGGAGUCGUAACGGCUACAGACAAGCUCAGCUGUGGGGAACUACCGACAAGUAUGGACGGGCUGGCCGUGGAAGUUCGCGGCUCGAAUGGGGCCUUCUACAAGGGCUACAUCAAAGAUGUCCACGAAGACUCGCUCACGAUUGUUUUUGAAAACAACUGGCAGCCAGAGAGACAGUUGCCCUUCAGCGACGUCCGGUUGCCUCCUCCAGCUGAAUACAACAAGGAUAUUGGUGAAGGAGAGGAGGUGGAGGUUUACUCGAGGGCCAACGAACAGGAGCCAUGUGGCUGGUGGCUGGCCCGAGUCCGUAUGAUGAAGGGAGAGUUCUAUGUGAUUGAAUACGCGGCAUGCGACGCCACAUACAACGAGAUUGUCACAGCGGAGCGCAUCAGGCCCCUCAACCCCAACAGCCCGGCCUCCCGAAACUCCUUCCACAAGAUCCCCAUCCCUGUCCCAGAAGACCUGAGGGACAUCUGUGAAAAUGACAACAUUCACAAAGAGUUCAGGAAAGCAAUCGGAGCCAACUGCAUCUUCUACAGUGCCCAAACACACGAACUCAUUGUGCUGUCUACAAAUGAAACCACAGUAAAGCGUGCAUCUCUUCUGAGCGACAUGCAUUUCCGCAGCAUCCGUACCAAGCUUAUGCUAAUGUCCCGCAACGAAGAAGCCACCAAACAUUUGGAGACAAGUAAGCAGUUAGCAUCAGCAUACCAAGAGGAGGUAAAAGUCAGAGAGGACCUGAUGGGCCUAGCCAUUGGCUCCCAUGGUGCCAACAUCCAGCAAGCAAGGAAGGUAGCCGGAGUCACAGCGAUCGAACUGGAGGAGGAGAGCUGCACAUUCAGGAUCUACGGAGAGAGCCCAGAGGCAGUAAAGCAGGCUAGAGAGUUUCUAGAAUUCAAAGAAGACUACUUUCAGGUACCCAGGAACCUUGUAGGCAAAGUCAUCGGCAAGAGUGGCAAAGUCAUUCAGGAGAUUGUGGACAAGUCAGGCGUGGUCCGUGUGCGGAUUGAGGGAGACAACGACAAAAAGCUUCCCCGGGAUGAGGCAGGCAGGCAGGGGGCAGGCAGGGACGACACUGCCAGCAGCAAAGAGGGUCUGGUUCCCUUCGUGUUUGUGGGAACUAAAGAGAAUAUCAGCAAUGCUCAGGCUCUGUUGGAGUACCAUGUGUCCUACCUCCAGGAAGUGGAGCAGCUGCGCCUAGAGCGUCUCCAGAUUGACGAGCAGCUCCGUCAGAUCGGGGUUGGGUACCGCGCACCUCCUGGUCGAACCGGGGGCCCGGGUGUUGAACGGGAGAAAGGCUAUUUGACAGAUGAGAGCAGCAACUCACUUCACAAUUCUCGCACCUAUGGAGGCCGCGGCAGAGGGCGUAGGCCCUCCAACAGCCAGUACUCUGGAUAUGGCACAAACUCUGAACUGUCCAAUGCUUCUGAGUCGGAGGACAUUAGCGAGCGAGAGCAGCGGCCCCGUGGCAUUGGCGGGGAUGAGAGAGGCUCCCGACGGGGCGGCAGGGGCCGAGGCAAUAACUCAGGACGAGGCCGUGGAGGGCCGGGGUCCAAGCCUUCCAACUCCAUAAGCUCAGUGCUGAGGGACCCGGACAGUAACCCAUACUCUCUGCUGGAGGGUGAGGGAGAGCUGGCUGAGACAGACAUCAGUGAAGGCACAGGAGGAGACCGCCGCAGACGCUCCCGACGUCGCCGCAACGACCAGGAGCCCAGCGUGAUGGACGCUGCCACGGAGUCUGACGGCCAGGCCGGCCCCAGCGAGAAUGGACUGGAUGAUGAGGCGCGACCUCAGCGCCGCAACAGAAGCCGCCGCCGUCGUAAUCGUGGCAACCGCCCAGAGGGAGGUUCAGCCAGCCGUGACAGACAGCCAGUUGAAAGUGUGAGUGUUGCUGACUACAUAUCCCGUGCUGACUCCCAGAGCAGACAGAACCUGCCACAGAAGGAAAACCACGCUGGCCCUGAGCCUAAGGAAAACGGGACCAGCGCCACUAAGGAUGAGAUAACGCCCUCAAAGGGUUCCCCCAGCAAAGGCAUGACCUCGGCCAGCGAGACCCUGACCUUGGUCAACGGGGUCUCGUAAAGAGACGGCCCUGCCCCUCGCGAACCCAAGUCUAGAGCAAGACUCCAUGGCAAACUCUGUCCCUGCUUGCAUUAACUUAAACCUUAAACAGAUGAGUGAAAAAUACCUGACAAAAUACCUGAAUUCAUACUAUGAGAGUGAAAAAGUACAAAAAAACGACAAACGCAUCUACUUAAAAACACACGUUAACGGUGUAUGCUAUCCUAUCUAUCAGUACUUAGUGCUUAUUUAAAAAAAACAACUAGCUUGCCAAAAAAGAGCUGGUGGAUAUGACUUGAUUUUUAAAAAUACUGAAAUACGAGAAACAGGAUGAGACUUUUUUUUUUUGUUUGUUUGUUUUUGAAACGGUUGUCUUUAUUUGUGUAUUUUUCGUUUUGUUAAUUCCGUUCAUUGUUUAUCACUGGUUUGGACUUGGCGGUCGCUCUCUCAACCAAAACAGACGCGUCUCUUAACAGUGUUAAAGUGCAGACUAGAGAGAUGUAAGCUGUAGGGAGCGGCGUACAAGCAGACAGUCCAAUAGCUUAUGUGACGCGAUGUUCGCACACUGAACCUGGGAGUGGAGACAGACAGAUUGGGAUACUGAUAGACAUUGUGCCUUGAAUUUGAAAAAAAUAAUAAUAAAAAAAAAACUUGA